GUGCGCGGAGAGAAUCACCUGGCGGCGGCGCGACCUGAGCGGCUCACUCAGGUAGUCACUCGACCGACGCACCCAGCGACGAUUAGAUGCAGUUGUGAGUUGCAGGCAAAAGGUGAACAUGCUGAGGGUGCUCGCCAGGGCGUACAGCCGCAGCACCAAAGUGGUCAAGGCGCCGCACGCCAGUGUCCUCGUGGCGCCGCAGGACAAACUGAUCGACGACGACGGCGCCGUCGUCGACGACCGACCACGGUUCAAACCUUAUUCGAGCAUUCCUGGACCGCGGGCGCUGCCGCUGAUCGGGAAUUCGUGGCGCUUUUUACCCUUCGUAGGCACGUACAAAAUCGAGGAGGUGGACAAAACGUCCCAGCAGUUGUACGAGGAAUUCGGUCCGAUUGUCCGACUGGGCAAUAUUCUCGGACGACCGGACAUGGUCUUUUUGUUCGACGCGGACGAGAUCGAGCGUGUUUUUCGAAGCGAGGAAUUGAUGCCAAUGAGGCCGUCGAUGCCAUCACUCAAUUACUACAAGCACGUGCUCAGAAAAGAUGAAUUUGGAGAUACUGGAGGUGUAAUUGCCGUUCAUGGAGAAAACUGGUACAAUUUUCGUACAAAAGUACAGCAACCGCUGCUGCAGCCACGAAUCGCCAAAUUGUACGUGGGACCAAUCGAAGAGACUGCGGACGCCUUUGUUGACAGGAUCGAAGCGAUCAGAGACGAGAACAGAGACGUGCCAGAGGAUUUCAUGAAUGAAAUUCACAAGUGGUCUCUUGAAUCAAUAGCCCGCGUGGCCUUGGACAAACGACUCGGCUGUUUGCAGCCGCACAUGGACCCUGAAUCCGACGCCCAGCAGAUGAUCAACGCCGUCGGCACUUUUUUCAAAAAUGUAGGAAAUUUGGAGCUGAAAAUUCCCUUUUGGAGACUCUUUCCCACGCCCACGUGGAAUACCUACAUAAACGCCUUAGAUAAAAUUAGAGCUGUCGCCAGCAAAUAUAUCGAUUCUGCAAUGCACGAAUUGGAGACGAACCCGAAACCCCUGGACCACUCUUCCUCCGUUUUGCAGAGGAUUUUGGUCAACGCCAAUAAAAAAACCGCGUACAACCUUGCCCUAGACAUGUUCCUCGUCGGCAUCGACACUACGUCAGCAGCCAUCGCCUCAAUCCUGUACCAAUUAGCCUUGAACCCUGACGAACAGGAAAAACUUUACCAGGAAGUUACCGAAGUUUUGCCAAAUCCAGAAUCGCACCUCACCGCUGAAAGCAUUGAAAGUCUCAGUUAUUUGAAAGCGUGCAUCAAAGAGACCCUCAGGAUGUAUCCAGUUGUAAUUGGAAAUGGUCGGUGCAUGACGAAAGACACUGUGAUAUCAGGCUACGAAAUCCCCGCAGGGGUUCAAAUCGUAUUUCAACAUUUAAUAAUCAGCAACCAAGAGAGAUAUUUCUCCGACCCAAAGAAGUUCGCCCCAGAGCGGUGGUUGAAAAAUUCGCAGUGCCAGGGUGACACGGGUGUGUGUCCGGUGCGAAAACCGGUGCACCCGUUCGUCUCUCUACCCUUCGGCUACGGAAGGAGGAUGUGCCUGGGAAGACGUUUCGCCGACUUGGAAUUGCAAACCCUCAUCGCCAAAAUUGUGAAGAAGUUCAAGGUGGAGUAUCAUCACGAGCCUCUGCAGUACAAAGUCACGCCAAUGUACAUGCCGACGGGCCCUUUGAAGCUGAGGUUCAUUGAACGAUGAUAAUUUUCUCGCAGGAUAAAAAAAUUACCAUUUUGCCAUUUGUAAUAAUAAAUUAUCGUGGUAAAUUAUUAGGUUAAAAAUUAAUUUACUGUACUAAAAAAAUGUAAUUCUGAAUA